UCACUAACACCACAGUGGGAGCCACUUGUUACUACCCAACAGAGAUACAAGUUCUGGCUCCCUUCUCUGACAGCUCCCACAGGGGUAUUGGGGAGCCUUGUUAUGGCGUCGUGAAGGCUAGAGUCUGGGUCCCCCUCUCAGCCUUUGCUAGUGUGGAGGGGACAGGCCCAGGUUUUUCUGUGGUUUGGCUGCAGUAGAGACCUUUGCUGGGCUGCCCCCUUUCCUGUCCCUUUGGCUACAGAGAGCAGACUUUUGUCAGAGCUUUUCUGUCUCGCCUGUUGGCAUUUCCAGUUUGCCAGCUGCAUCAGUUCCAAGUUAGGAAAUUCCAGGAACUUGUUUCAUGUCAUUUCUCAGAUCCCUCGCUGGUCUGCCUUUUCUCUCCAUUUUUCAGCAUCAUCUUAUGUUUGUCUUAUACAUGAUGUCCAGGAUUUUUGGUUAUACCCAGUGAGAAAAAUAGGGAAAAUAUGUCUAUUUUCUCAGAAGCAGAAGUGUUGCAUGUACUUUUAAAUAAUACACUUAAUUUAAGAAAUAUAUCCUGCCCCCCAUUAACUCAAUUUAGGAGAUCUUACUGAAGAUUAAUCUGCAUGACUCAGAGUUCUCCCCUGGGUUAUGUGGAGUCAGUAACCCAGUAUUCCUUUUGAUGGCAAAGUAAUGGCAGAGUGGUGGCCAGUCAAAUCAGAGAUGCCACUGAUGGUGAGAUGCACCAAUAUUUCAUUUAUUUUUCAGAAAGAGAAAAGUACUUUGAAUAAACUAAUAUGCCAUCUGUAUAGUAAGAUGCAUGCUGAUUUCUCAGAGGUCAAAAUAUGGCAAGAGUUUGCUUCGUGGAACAGAAUCAGUAUGGUAGUUAUGUGGAAAGGUUUGCAGAGUGAAGUGCAAACGAUAAUAUAUUAAUGUUCAAACAUGUUUUAUUUAUUUGCCAUGUUCAGUUUAACAAGUGGAUGUUGGUCAGCUUACAAAAGCAAGCAUUCCUUUUCUGAGAAUGUUGACAAGACCCUUUAAACCCCAAUUUGGUGGGUCUUUCUUCCUUGCAGAGAUAAAGCUGCCUGCUUUGCUAUUCAGAAGGGAUUACAGGCAUCACGUAGUGACAUUAAGCUAUUUAACCAUAAUGAUAUGGAUGACCUGCAGCGACUAUUGAAAGAACAAGAGAUUGAAGAUCAAAAGAAUCCUCGCAAGGCUCGUGUAACUCGACGUUUCAUUGUAGUCGAGGGGUUAUAUAUGAAUACUGGAACUAUUUGCCCUCUUCCAGAAUUGGUUAAGUUAAAAUACAGAUAUAAAGCAAGGAUCUUUCUGGAGGAAAGCCUUUCGUUUGGAGUCCUGGGGGAGCAUGGCCGAGGAGUCACUGAACAUUUUGGAAUCGAUAUUGAUGAUAUUGAUCUUAUCAGUGCCAACAUGGAGAAUUCACUUGCUUCUAUUGGGGGUUUCUGCUGUGGCAGGUCUUUCGUAAUUGACCAUCAGCGACUUUCCGGCCAGGGAUACUGCUUUUCAGCUUCAUUACCUCCCCUCUUAGCUGCUGCUGCAAUUGAGGCCCUCAACAUCAUGGAAGAAAAUCCAGGUAUUUUUGCAGUGUUGAAGGAAAAGUGCAAACGAAUUCAUAAAGCUUUACAAGGUAUCUUUAUAAGAAACACAGAGGAGACAUACACAGAGAAAGAGGAGAAGACCAUGUGAAGAUGGAGAUAGAAAUUAGAGUGAUGCAGCCACAAGCCAGGGAAUGAAUAGAGCCACCAGAACCUGGAAGAAGAAAGGACACAUUCUCCCCUAAAGCCUUCAAA